AUGGACCAGCUCAACAAAGAUUGGACGAAUCUCCCCAAGGAGCAUAAUUUGUCCAAGUUUUCGGCUGCGUUGAAGGAUAUUAUUGAGAAGGUUGGGUACAGUGAGAUGUAUGGCGUGGAGCUUGUGGCUCCCUCUACGGAAGACAAACCCGCACCGCACACAACCCUCAUCGUCCUCCAGAAAUUCCUCCGAGCGAACGUCGACGAUCUCGAGAAGGCGAAAGAGCAGCUUACGUCUGCAUUGAAAUGGAGGAAGGAGUACCAGCCGUUGAAAGUGAGGGACGAAGUAUACGACAAGGACAAGUUUGGUGGGCUUGGCUUCGUGACGAAAGUCAAGGGAGCCACUGAGACCAAGAAUGAGGAGGAUGUUGUGUCGUGGAACAUCUAUGGGGCUGCGGCGAAGGAUGUUAAGAAGACGUUUGGGGAUACUGAUGCCUUCGUUCGAUGGCGAGUCGCACUACAAGAAAUCACGAUUCAACAACUCAAGCUCAACGAAGCAACCGAGACCAUCCCCGACUACGGCAAAGGCCCCGAUCCAUACAAAGCGAUCAACGUCCACGACUACUUAUCCGUCUCCUUCUUCAGGCGGCCACAAGAGAUCAAGGACUCCUCGUCCAAGAUCAUCGACAUGUUCCAGCGAUACUACCCUGAGACCGUCAGCUACAAGUACUUCGUCAACGUGCCCCUCGUCAUGCAGUGGAUGAUGGGCGCCAUGAAGGCUCUCAUGUCGAAGGACAGCAUCCAGACCAUGACCUGGAUGACUUACGGCUCGGAAUUGCACAAGUAUCUGGGCAGCGAGGUGCCGAAGGAAUAUGGUGGUAGCGGCGCGCCUCUGGCUGAGCAUGCUCUCACGCCGAACUACGGGGCUGGAGCGGCGGCUGCUCCUGUUGAGUCCAAGAUAGCGGAGCCAGUUCCUACUACAGCAGAACCUGUCGAGCCCAAAGCUGCAGAGCCAGUCCCGAUCGUGAACGGUAGCGAGACCACUGCUGAGGUGACGGGCAAGCCUGCUGACAAGGCCGAUGUGGCAUAG